AUGGGACUCUUGAGCUCAGCCUUCUUGGGCCUUUUCGCCGUCUUGGUGGCCGUUCUGGCUCCGACGGUGAUCCAUUUGAUUAGAGUCGGCGGUCCCUUCCUUACCCCGAAUCCUACUGUGCUGGGCGCAGGCCAGGGUCCAAUUGUGAUUGAGGAUACCAUUCACUGCGAGGAUGUGCACCACUAUCGCCCAGCAGAUCUGCUAUUCACCGCGUGUGAGGACUUGAAGGCUACUCGCUUCGACUGGUUCCCCGGUCUGGGCCAUUUGGACACCAAAGCCGCCGGCCGGGGCAGCAUUCAUGUCGUAGAUCCGAAGGUGUGUGAUCUGUUCUACAAUGCGACUCGGGGUGCAUACUAUACGGUGUGGUCUGGUGGCAUACUGACAAGCUCCAUUCUUUACUCUCAGACCUUCAAAUCAACUCGCUUGACAUUCGAGAACUUUGAGAGCGGCUUCGUGACCCACGGAAUCGAUGUCAUCGAAGACCCUGAACGCGCCGACGCAGUCUACAUCUUCGCUAUCAACCACCUGCCGAACCCAGAGUACUCGCCAUCUGCACCCACCAGCGCGCCCAAGGCACGCUCGCAAAUUGAGCUCUUCCACCACAUCCUGCGCUCCACCACAGUGCAGCACGUCCGCUCCAUCCGCCAUGAACUCAUCCAAACACCCAACGAUAUCACUGCCGACAGCCCAAGCUCUUUCUACGUGACCAAUGACCAUUACUACCGGGCCGGGCUGCUCCGCCUAAUCGAAGAUCUCUGGCCGUUCGCGAAAUGGAGCAACAUCAUCCACGUACAGCUGCACGAGCUACAGGCUGAGCAUGCAACAUCCGCCCUGACCGCAUCGGUCGCACACGCCGGCCUGUGGAACAACAACGGCCUCGGGCACGCCCGUCACCCCGCUGAGCUGAUCAUCUCCAGCGCUAUGGGCGGCGAGUUGUACCUGGCGACGCGCGAUGAGAACAACACGCUCUCCGUGCACACGACCAUCCCCUUCGAUACCACCACUGACAAUCCUAGCUACUACGUCGAUCCCUUCGCCAGCGACGUCCAUGACGCGAGCGGGCUCGUUGUCGCGGGCAUCUCGCAGGCGGUGUAUAUGCCGCAGACCAUGCAUGACCCGGACGCGGUGGACGCGUUGCAGGUGUGGUAUGCGAAGCCGACGCGCGGCGGUACCGGGUGGGAGACGAGGUUGUUGUUUGAGGAUGAUGGCACUCGCAUUCGCACUGGUAGUGCGGCGGUCCUGGUUCCUGUUGAGCCGGAGCGUGUAGAGGGGGUAAAGAAGGCUUGGCUGUUUGUGACAGGCUUUUUGUCGGAGAAUAUGAUUGCUGUGCAGGUGGAGCUUUGA